AUGGCUGCGCAGAACGGCGAGGACGCCUACGUCACGCUGCUGCUCAGCGACACAUACCUCCCAGGAGCUCUGGUACUCGCCCACUCGCUGCGCGAUGCCGGAACCACCAAGAAGCUGGCCGUAUUGGUCACGCUCGAUUCUGUGUCGGCCGAGGUCAUAACACAACUCAAGUCUGUCUUCGACCAUGUAAUACCAGUCCCCCGCGUGCGAAACGAGAAGCCGGCGAACCUUUACCUGAUGAACCGUGCCGAUCUGCACUCUGCGUUCACAAAGAUCAAUCUGUGGAAACAAACCCAGUUCAGAAGGAUUGUGUAUGUGGACGCGGAUGUCGUAGCCUACAGGGCACCCGACGAGCUGUUUGACUUGGACCACCCUUUUUCCGCCGCCCCGGACAUCGGAUGGCCCGAUCUCUUCAACACGGGAGUCAUGGCCCUGACCCCAAACAUGGGCGACUACUAUGCCCUGGUGGCCAUGGCAGAGAGGGGUAUUUCUUUUGACGGCGCAGACCAGGGCUUGCUGAACAUGCACUUCAAGAACAACUACAACCGCCUGAGCUUCACCUACAACGUCACGCCCUCCGGCCACUACCAAUACGUUCCCGCCUACCGCCACUUCCAGUCGAGCAUAAACAUGGUCCACUUCAUUGGAAGCGACAAGCCGUGGGCUCUGGGCAGGGAAGCAUCCUCCGGGGGCACUCCCUACGAUGAGAUGCUUGGGAGGUGGUGGGCCGUUUACGACCGCCACUACAGACAGCCGUCCCCUCCACUCACGCCGACCGACGCGUCCCAAGGCCAGCACAAGAUCCCCGAGAUCGUCCAGUACUUUGUCAAAGGCGAAUUCCGUCCAAAAACAACCACCUACGUUGUUCCGACCGGGCAGCCACCGCUCCACCAAGGUAGAUCCACACAUGAUGCGUAUCAUCAUGCGCCGCCACCACCCUCGCAACCUGACUACUACCAUCACCAGCACCAUCCACAACACCACGACCAGCCUCAUGAACAUCACCAUCAUGAGCAUCCGUCCCAAUACCACCAUGAGAAGUCUCUGGCAGGAGACUCCGCCCCGCACCCUUAUAUACCCCCUCCCGUCCCCAGCGAAUCGUUGAGUAAUGUUGUUGAGGGGACAAAAGCUGAGGCUCGAGAAGAGCAGGUUUCGGGGCCCCAUGGAGGGGCUCCUGUAGUACACCAUGAGGAGAGGGAGCAUAAGCCUGAGCCACGCCCAAUCGAGUACAGCUGGGAUGCUCAAAGACAAGCUCCGCCUGCAGAUUCCAAGCCCGAGGCUAUGAAUUUCCCGCAGAUGCAUUACGAGAUGUCUUCCGAUCCAGCUCCAUUCGUCCCUCCUCAGCGAUACCCAAGCCCGCCGAAGAACAUGUGGUAUGAGGUACCCAAGGAAAAACCUGCUUCACGCGCCGAGAAGCCCCGGCCGAUCUUCCCUUGGGAAAUAGAACAGCCGAGGGCCUCCCGGGUUUUCGCUGACGAUGUAUACCCUCCCGAGCCGUCCUUGACCGAGGGUUCGACCGUUGCGCCUUCCGGUAGGAGGACAUCGUUCCUGGAAUCCCAAACGACGAUGACUGAGCCUUCUAUGACAGAGUCAUCCACCGCGGACCACAAGAGCGAGCCUAGUUCCCCUGCCACCCCUACCAUCCGGGUCACACAUUCUGAUCCCUGGGCCUCUUUCACGCGGGUCAAUGCGUGGGAUGAUGAUCCCGCCAUUGAUAAAUAUGUGGGCUCCAUGCCAUUAUACCGUCGGCACAAGAGCUCAGGCAGCCUCGUGGGCCAGACCUCGCCCCGGGCUGUGGGUGGUAGUGGCGUCGGAUCCCAGCAAGAGACGUCAGCCGGCGCAGAAUGGCGAAGACGCGGUUCCAAGCUGACCGACUUCCCGACUGCCGUCGAGCGACCCAGUCUCCCUGUCACGCCUGCGCCUAUUCGUCGGCCGAAGUUCUGGGGCGCUGGUGGCCCAGGCAUCGAUGACGAGGGUGAGGAUGAUAGCAAACUGCCGGCAGCGGACGGAGUGCCCCAGCAGUCGGAGUGGGACCCCGUAGCGCGGCUUCAACUGCUGGCAAAGCAACAAUCCGAUUUGCUGCUGCAGAAGCUAGGCGCUGGCGAGGUGUCCGGAGGUGGCGACGCUGGUGGCGCGACUGGCGGAGAGCACAACAUACCUAACCGGCCGUUGCCCUUCGGAUCCGAAGACAUCGUGUCACCAAGGUAUAUUGCGCGUUCGUCCAACGUCCUGAGUCCCCAGCCUGUGAAGCCACCCGGUGCAGGGCCACAGGGUAUCUUGGGCCAGGCCCAGGGCGAGAGCGAGGCGACCCCACGCAGCACCAGUGCCACCGCCACCGAGACAGCCAAGCCUGCAGAGCCCGGAAGCUCGAUCCCGGAACCGUCUUUCCACGGCCCCGGGGCGGCCUGGGAGAAGGACGAGGGGUAUCUCGCCCAUUCGACCGCGUUGCCCCCGUCUGAGGAGGAGAAGGAUGUACUGCAGACGUGA